AGUGAGACAUCAUUGGCCGCGAUGUCGAAACUGUAUAGCUACUACGGAUUUACGGAAUAUGUUAUUGUCUUAUUAAAGAGCGAAUCCAUUUAUUACAGUGUUUUCGUUGAUCCCUAGAGCCAAAAUUGCUGCAAUUUCAUAUCGUUAACAUCAGAAUCAAAUCGUCUAUAAAACCAUUUACACUUUUGAUCUUAUUUAGAGUCGUCUUAAAAUGGAUUAAAAUUUCAGUGAUUGUGUAGUGGGUUUUCUUUAGAACUUUUUACCCCCACAAAUUCUUUGUGAAACGUUUGUUAGACUUUAAGAGACGUGACAAAAUUUCUUAUUAUCGUUAUUAUCUUCCCGUAAUGUUUACAAUGUCCAACAGUUCACCUUAUCUUGUCAACUUUUUGUGUAAAUUGAUCUUUUUGACAUCUGUGUGGGUAUGGGUAGUAGAAGCAGAUGUUUUAGUAAUAUCUCUUGAUACAAAUUCCACAGUAAAUGCUUUUCCCAGUUUACCUGCUAAUUUUGGGAAAGUCUUACCAUUUGAUGGAUUGAUUGGCUGUGUUGUUAUUGCUAAUCCUCAAAAUGCAUGUAACACGAUAGACCCUCCUCCAAAGUAUAGCAAUUGUUCUGAUAAAUGGUUUGUUCUGAUCAGACGAUAUGAUUGUAAUUUUGUUGACAAAGUUCGUGCUGCUCAGAAUGCUAACUAUGAUGCUGCAAUCAUUUAUAAUGUUGGAUCCAAUCUUAUUGAGCCUAUGGCAGGAGAAGAUGAUGAUGAUAUUAUAAUUCCUGCUGUAUUCAUUGGACAAGAUGAUGGACUAAAAAUUCAGUCUUUUUACCAAUAUUAUGAUGGGUACAUGCUGUUAUUGACCAAUGAAUUGCCAUUCAAUCUAAACAGCUAUCUUCUACCUUUUGCCAUUGUUGUUGCAAUCUGUUUUGCAAUAAUGGUAGUUUUUAUGUUGAUAAAGUGUGUCAAGGAGCGCAGACGAUCUAGACGUAUUCGUUUGCCUUCGUCGUCCUUGAAAACCAUCCCUACUAACAAAUUCAAGAAAGGGGAUCCAUAUGAUACAUGUGCCAUAUGCUUAGAAGAUUACGUAGAUGGCGAUAAACUUCGUAUUCUACCUUGUUCCCAUGCUUAUCACACCAAAUGCAUCGAUCCGUGGCUUACGCGAAAUCGCCGAGUGUGUCCAGUUUGUAAAAGGCGGGUAAUUGCGCGAGGUGAACAUCUUUCUGAUUCUGACUCCGAAACGGAGGACGAAUCUAGGCCUCUUCUUCGACCAGGAACGUAUGGAACAUCAGGAGGAACGUUCACUGAUCAAACCAGAAAUACUGGAAACAGAACCCAUGGUGUAUCAAAUGCGUUGGUGUUGGAUGAAGAAGCUAUCGAUAGAGGGCAUUCCGUUCUUGUAUCUGCAGAUUCGAUUGUUAUUGAAAACGAGGAAGCUACGGUUUCCGGAAACGACCAAGACGUCGGACAGGUUCACGAAAUUGAUAUGUCGUCUGACGGUGAAGCAGAACAGCCGCAGGAAAACCUGAAUGCCGAUAGUUCCGUGUAUUUAACUCCUGAAAGUCACCGCUCACGGGAUCCUAUGAAUGUUUAAUAUCUCUUGUAAUUAAAUCUUUAAAUUGACAUGCUGUUAUAUUCUCCUAUUCAUUAUAUGAUUUCAACCUAACUUUUUUCUUCAUAUAUCUGGUUGUGAGAAGAUGAAUAAGACAAAUUUACAAUUCUUCCGAAACCCGAAUUCUACUGUGUCAGCGACAAAAGCGCAUGACAACGUUUACCUUUACAACAAGAAAUUUGCUAAAUUUAAUCAAUACACUACAUUCGUAUGCGACAAAGAAAAUAUU